CCACUUUCACUGGUUCACCGUGUCCUGUUGUUGGCUGAAGCUGCGCGUCCCCUGCUGACUUCCAAGGCUUCUCUCUCUAAGCUGUGUUUGUGGCUAAAGCUCCUGGUCAGAAUCCUUUCCUCUUCAGCCUCUGGGUGAGUUUCUCGGGAGCCUUCAGGUCUGCCCUGCUACUGAAGAGGAACACUAUGCCUCGUGUGUGCCUCAGAUUUUAAAACAAGUGUGUUCUGUGUACAGUCAAUCAGUGGUUGUGGAGGCAGAAGACAUGAGGUUCUGGCAGAGAGGCUUGGUCCUCCAGGCGCUGAGGAGUUCCUGGGGCAUCCGUAGGAUUCACAGGCAGCCACCACCUCCACCUGUCCCCAAGGUUGUGGCCACCUGGGAAGCCAUCAGCCUGGGGAAGCAGCCGGUACCUGAGUAUUUCAACUUUGCUCACGAUGUGCUGGACGAGUGGAGUCGGCUGGAAAAGGAAGGGCACCGGCCUCCAAAUCCUGCAUUCUGGUGGGUGAACAGCUUAGGAGCAGAAGUCAAGUGGACCUUUGAGGAGCUGGGGAAGCAGUCCAGGAAGGCAGCCAAUAUCUUAGAGGGUGUUUGUGGCCUGCAACCUGGAGACAGAAUGAUGCUGGUGCUUCCACGACUCCCAGAUUGGUGGUUGAUCAGCGUGGCGUGUAUGCGAACAGGUGUGGUCAUGAUCCCAGGUGUCUCCCAGCUGACAGCGAAGGAUCUCAAGUACCGGCUUCAGACAGCCAGGGCCAAGUCCAUCAUCACCAGUGAUGCCCUAGCCCCACAAGUGGACACCAUCAGUGCUGACUGCCCUUCCCUCCAAACCAAGCUUCUGGUGUCUGACACCAGUCGUCCAGGCUGGAUCAAUUUCCGGGAACUCCUUCGAAAUGCUUCUACAGAGCACAACUGUGUGAGAACCAAGAGUCAAGAUUCGUUGGCCAUCUACUUCACCAGUGGAACCACGGGGGCCCCCAAGAUGGUAGAACAUUCCCAGUGCAGCUAUGGAUUGGGCUUUGUGGCCAGUGGAAGGAGGUGGAUGGCCUUGACUGAAUCUGACAUAUUCUGGAACACAACUGACACUGGUUGGGUGAAGGCAGCCUGGACUCUCUUCUCUGCCUGGCCCAAUGGAGCGUGCAUUUUCGUGCAUGAACUGCCCCGAGUUGAUGCCAAAACUAUCCUAAAUACUCUCUGCAGGUUCCCAAUAACUGUCAUGUGCUGUGUUCCAACCCUCUUUCGCCUGCUUGUACAGGAGGAUCUGACAAGGUACAAGUUUCAAAGCCUGAGGCACUGUUUGACGGGUGGAGAGGCCCUCAACCCUGAUGUGAGGGACAAGUGGAAGAGCCAGACAGGCCUGGAGCUCCAUGAAGGUUACGGACAAUCUGAAACAGUCGUCAUCUGUGGCAAUUCAAGAGACUCCCCAAUCAAGUCUGGAUCUAUGGGGAAAGCAAGCCCACCUUACGAUGUUCAGAUUGUAGAUGAGGAGGGCAAUGUCCUGCCUCCAGGAAAAGAGGGGAAUAUUGCUGUCCGCAUCAAACCCACCAGACCCUUCUGUUUCUUCAACUGCUAUCUGGAAAAUCCUGAAAAGACAGCCUCAUCAGAGAAAGGAGACUUUUACAUCACUGGAGACCGAGCCCGCAAGGACAAGGAUGGCUACUUUUGGUUCUUAGGGAGAAAUGACGAUGUGAUCAACUCUUCAAGCUACCGGAUUGGACCUGUUGAGGUGGAAAGUGCUCUUGCUGAGCAUCCAGCUGUCCUCGAGUGCGCCGUGGUCAGCAGCCCAGACCCCAUUCGUGGAGAGGUGGUGAAGGCAUUUAUAGUCCUUUCUCCAGCGUAUGCAUCUCAUGACCCAGAAGCACUGACCCAGGAACUCCAGGAGCAUGUGAAGACGGUGACUGCUCCAUACAAGUAUCCCAGGAAGGUGGCUUUCAUUUCGGAACUGCCAAAGACAGUUUCUGGAAAGAUCUUAAGGAGUAAAUUGAGAAACCAAGAGUGGGGAAGAUGAGGUGCAACCAGCAAAAGAUGACAUGAUGCUCUGAAGGUCCUGAAAGGAGAAGGAGGGGUGCUAGCCAGCACCUCGUUGGAGCACGAUCCCUUCAAAGUAUAGGCAUCAAAUGAGCACUGUGGGAUGAUAUUGGCAAAUGGGAGAGCAUUCCUGGUUCAGAGCUCACAGCUACUGCCACAUUCAGCAAAUGUUCCAUGGUUUAACAUCCCUGACUGAGACAUCCUCAGCAUCAGUCCACUCUGCUGUUCCUGGGACAGACAGAUUACCACAGCCUUAGGGUAUCCAUGAUCUCAUUAUGCCAGUGAGAAGGUAAAACUUGACCCAUUGGUUGAAGCCAUUUGGUAACAGUAUCUGGACCAUAAUAUUGGCAAUACUCUUCCAUUUAGAAAUCAUACCUUUGUGACUCACUAUAAAAGAAAUGAUUCAAAAUGCAGAAAAUAUUUGAUAUACAAAGAUAUUUCAUGAAACAUUAUUUAUAACUGAAAACACACACAUAUACAAAUUCCAAAACAAUAGAGAAAUAAUUAAAUCAAUGAGCUUGAUAAUAAUUAACACGAGCUUGGCUGAUUAAUGUAACUAUUCUAUUACUUAAGCAUAUCUUGUGUUCUGGGGAAAAACAUGUUAUAGUUUACAGGGAAAACUGCCAUGGGGAAGCCUAACCCCUCCCUUCCCCUAGACAAGUUUUCUUUUCUUUUUUUUAUUUAAAAAAGUUUUCAUUUUAUAUACCAACCCCAGGUCCCCCUCUCUCCCCUCUCCUGCCCUGCCACUUCCCCCUGACUCCACCCCCAUCCACUCCUCAGAGGAUGUAAGACCUCCCUUGGGGAAUCAACAAAGUCUGGCAAACCAAGUUGAGGCAGGACCAAACCUCUCCCCGCUGUAUCAAGAAUGAGCAAAGUAUCCCACCAUAGGGGAUGGGAUCCAAAAAGCCAGUUCAUGAACCUGGGAUGAGUCCUGCUCCCACUUCUGGGGGCUCUCCCAACAGAUUAAGCCAUUUAACUGUCACCCACAUUCAGAGGGCUUAGAUCAGUCCUAUGCAGGUUAUUCUACUGUCAGUCCAUAGUCUGUGAGUUCCCACUAGCUUGGGUCAGCUGUCUCUGUAGUUUUCCCAAUCAUGAUCUUGACUCACCCUUGAUCAUAUGAUUCCUCCUCCCUCUCUUCAGCUGAACUUCAGGAUCUCAGUCCAGUGUUCGGCUGUGGGUCACUGCAUCUGCUUCCAUCAGGUACUGGAUGUAGGUUCUAUGAUGACAAUUAGGGUAGUCACUAAUCUGGUAACAGGGGAAGGCCUGUUCAGGCACCCUCUUUGCUGUUGCUAGGUGUCUUAUCUGGGGUCAUCCUUGUGGAUUCCUGGGAAUUUCUCUAGCACCAAGUUUCUCCCUAACCCCAUAAUGGCUCCCUCUAUCAAGAUAUCUCUUUCAUUGUUCUCCCCUGCUCUGUUCCUUCCCCAAAGUCAGCCAUCUCAAUCCUUCAUGUUCCAGCCCCACACCCUAUCCCUUCUACUCCCCUCCCAGUUUACCAGGAGAUCUUAACUAUUUCCCCUUCCUUAUGUCCUUGAUGUGUGUCCCUCUUAGGGUCCUCCUUUUUAUCUAGCUUCUCUUCGGUUGUGGAUCCUUUGCUUUAUGUCUAACAUCCACUUAUGAGUGAGUACAAAGUUAUCUUAAGAAACAGAAACAACUAUUCCAAUGAACAAGUUCUUUUAGAGAGGCAAUCUUCUCUUGUGGGACUGGGAGAUGGCACUGACCAUAAAACACCUGCUGUGUAAGCAUGAACACCUGAUUUUCAGAUCCCUGAUAGCCAUGUAAGAGUCAGCUGUUGCUACGCACAUCUGUAACCUUACCUUAGGGUAACAGGACCACAAGAGGAUCCUCAAAGCUUGUUAGCCAGCCAGUCUAGCCAACCAGUGAGCUAUACAUUCAAUGAGAGGCCCCAUCUCAAAAAGGUAAGGUUGAAAACAAGAGUGGAAGACAGUAAUAUUGACUGUUGUCUUAGUUUGUGUUUUUAUUACUGUGAAAAGACACCAUGACCACAGCAUCUCUUAUAAAGAAAACAUUUAAUUGAGGUGGUGGCUUACAGUUUCAGAGGUUCAGUUCCUUAUCAUCAUGACUUGGAGCACAGGAGUGUGCAGGCAGACAUGGUGUUGGCUACAUCAUGACCAUAAGGCAGCAGAAAGUCGACUGACCAUCACACUGAGUGAAGCUUGAGAAAAAUACCUCAACCUCACCCCCACAGUGACACACUUCCUCCAACAAGACCACCCCUCCUAACAGUGCCACUUCCUUGUGGACCAUUUUCUCUCAAACCACCACAUUCCACUCCUUGGUCCCAAAAGGCUUAUAGACGUGUCAUAACACAAAAAUGUAUUCAGUUCAACUUCAAAAGUUCCCAUAGUCUAUAACAGUCCCAAGUGUGUUUCAAAAUUUGAACUCCUAAAUCUCUUCUGAGACUCAUGACGAUCUCUUAAUUGCAAUCCCCUGUAAAACUCAAAAUAAGCAGAUCAUAUAUUUCCCACAUAUAACAGUACAGGAUGUAUAUUACCAUUUUAAAAUCCAAGGAAGGGAACAUACUGAGGGAAUGCUGGACCAAAGCAAGACCGAAAACUAGCUGGGAAAACUCCAAACACAGCAUCUCCAUGUCUGAUGUCAAAACAUCCAAUCCCAUUCAGCUUUGUUGACCACAGCACACUUCUUUCUCUUGAACUUUUUCCACUCUCCUCAGCAGGUAUCCACAACUCUGGUAUCUCUAACAUCUUUGGUUCUCUAAGGCAAUCCAGGCUUCACCUUCAGGCUUCACACAAUGGCCUCUCUACUAGACUUCCAUUCAGAGACACCCCUGACACACACCUGGCCUUGGCGGAUGUAUUCCAUAAUUCCUUUCUUUUAUCCUUAACUCUAAAUCCAGAAGCUCAUGGUCAAAGCUGCCGAGUCCUGCUCCUUUUUGUGGCAGGAGCAUGGUCCUUCAUUCAAAUACAUCUUCACUACUCUUCUAUCUUUCACUACCUAAACUUGCCAGUCCUUGGACUUUAAAGAUUGACUCUGAGUAAGGGGUGGAGGUUGUAAGCUCCAGAGGCUGCCUGGGCUACAGAGUAAAUUCAAGGCCAGACUAGGUGAUUUAAUGUUUCAAAGUAGAUGAGUAAAAAGAAGAGGUUGGAGAUAUAGUCAGUGGUUGAGUAUUUGCCUGUCAUGUAUAAGGCUCUGAAUACGAUCCCAAAUAACACAAAGCAAGGAGUAAGGAAGCAAGGAAACAACCAAGACUCUGUUUCCAAACACAGUAGUCACUUUGUAAGGUUCUAGGGACUAGGAUUUCAACAAAUAAACUCAACCCAAAGCACUGCUUACAAAGUUUAGUCUAGUGAAGAGGCAGAUAUUAUUUACCAUGUAGCAAUAGCAAUAAGGACAUGACUAUGAUAAGUGUCACAGAGCACACAGUAGCUGUCAGGACUGGGAGAUUUAGGGUACAUAAAGGUUUGCAUAGAAUGUUUCUGGUAGAGCUCGGGAGAUUAGAGCACAAGUUAAAGAACUUGCCAUUAAAAACCUUGCCGUACAAAUACGAGGACCAGCGUUCAGAUCCCAGAAACUCAUGUAAAUGCUCAGUGGAUAUGGUAGUCCAGCCCUGGAAGGCAGAGACAGGAGAUCCCUAGAGCAAGUUGACUAGAGACACCAGACAUCAGCAAGCUCUGGGGUUUGGACUGUGGGAUCCUGCCUCAGUGGAUAAGGUGGAAGAACAGUGGAGGACAGUUCCUGACAUCAAACUCAGCCCUCCACAGUCAUAUACAACCCCUGCCCCUCAAUGUGUGCAUGCAUAGACUCACACAAAUACAUGCAUGCACUCCCACUCAUGCAUGUGUACCCAUAAAUGUACAAAAGCAUGCAUGUACACGUGCAGAAGAUGCACAUACCCAUGAAAGGGGGGCAGGGAAAGAACACUCUAGAGAUCUGGGAUUGAGGAAAAUAUGGACACAGGUAAAGAGACAGAAUGAGACCUCUGGGCACAGGAUACAGGAUGGGGAAAGGCCUCAUGUGGAGAUAGAAUUAAUGAUUACUUUCUCCUUCAGGAGAGUAUAUAGCUCCUUCCAGCACUAUGAAGCUAGCCAGUAAGGAAGAAGCUUCCAGGUUGGUACUAGCUUAAUUUCUCCAUGCCAACAACUCCAAAAGAGGAAACCCAUUCAUGGCAUUAAGUUUUUUAUUUCCUAGUCAGUGUUUUCUCAUAGGACCACUGUCAGUCAACACAUCUAUGUAACUCACACACACACACACACACAGAGAGAGAGAGAGAGAGAGAGAGAGAGAGAGAGAGAGAGAGAGAGAGAGAGAGAGAGAGAGAGAGACGGGGGAGGAGACAGAGAGACAGAGAGAGAAUUAUCUAUAGUACUAGGUUUCAAUUUGGAUUUUUCGUAAGAUCCUUAGGGUUAGUUAUCCCACCUUUUAUUCCUUCCUUCCUUCACUUUUUCCUCACAUUCCCUACUUAAUUUAACCCUUCCUAUUCUAUUAUUCUCCUUUGCCCCUUCUAUACCACUGUUCUAUCUCCCCUACUUUGUUAGCCCUCCCUCUAAUUCCUUAACACUUUCCUAAUCUCUAUGGAUUUUACCAAUAAAACACACAUAUCUGAAAAUUCAAAACUUAUCCAGAAAUGAGAGAAAAUAUGACGUUUGUCUUCCUGGGUCUGAGUUACCUUGGCCAGAAUGAGUGCUUCAAGCUCCAUCAAUUUACCUGAAAAUUUUGUAAUUUCAUUUUUUAACCUCUGAAUGACUUCCAUUGUGUGAAUGUAACAAUUUUCCUUAUCCAUUCAUCAUUUUAUAGAUAUCUAGACUGCUUCGUUUUCUUGGCUAUUGUUAAUAGAACAAUAAUGAACAUGAAUAAACAAGCAUCUCUGUAGUAGGAUAUAAAAUCUUUUGGAUAUA